UAUGGUAGCCAUUUUUGUUUGUUUCAGAAAAGAGCGUUGCAAAAAUGUCAAAAUUUACAGUCAGGAGGAAACAAUGUAUCAUCGUAUAAAUCAAUGUUUCAUAAGAUCCGGUAAUAGUGCUAGGGAUUUGAAUUUUAGCUCUUUUCACGAAAGGGCAGUGUGAGUUGGUCAUCUACACUAUAGUAAGCCUUACUAUAUUUAAGUAUGGAGGAAGCACCUUCACAACAAGAAAUGCAGGCUUCAGCGAGUGGUGUUCUGGUAGCUCAAGUCAAUACUGCUGCAACAACUAAGAAUGUUGUAGCAAAAGAGCUAGACUUUGCGGUCCUUCCUCCUGCUACGAAGCGUGGCAGAGGCAUGUGUCCUGGAGAAGGGUGUACAUACUCCUACCCGUGCCGUAGAAAGCCCAAUGUGUGUCCCCAAUGUGGUGUCUUCCUUGGAGGAAGUGCAACCGGAACGUGCAAGGAUUCCAGUACGGUAGCGCAUGCAAAAAAACUCAAAUCAGGAAAUCUAUCCUCUGAGUAUGAUUUUUACUCAGUGAAGAUUGCUCGCCGAGGGCGUGAUUACCGAUGCUUUGUACAAGUCAGCAAAAAUGACAGUAAUCAUAUUUGUUUCUAUGAAAAGUGUAGGAUUCAGAGAAGUACCUCAAUGCUAUCGAACUCCACUGGGUUUGCUUGCGAGCAUGUGAAGGCAUCCAAAGAAUCGGAACUCGAAGCAGAGCCCAUUCCUUUGGCGACCCCUGCACUUGAUUCACUUCCCUUUUCAUCUGUGAUGAAGGAGGAGUUCCUUAGAUUGGUACAGAAAGCAGACGAGCUGAGCAUCCCUGUUGUCCAACAGGUCUCACAGUUUAACUUUGUGGUGAUUUGUGUUCAGAAUAGUAGAAAUCCCUUAGGUCUCCUCCAUCUAAAACUUGAUAAAAAUGACACAAAGUUCACAUGCGGAGAGGAUGGAUCAAGGUCUUGUGUGAAGCCCUAUCGUUCAAAAUGCGUUCAUUAUGGCCUUUAUAAAUGGGCGACAAUUAGCAAUAGCCCUCCCCCGAUGAGUACACUAGACGCAAUGCCCAUAUACGGUAAUGAACAGUGCAGCAGUUCGCAAGAGGAAUCACAUAUCACUGCAACCACUUCUAAGGCAAUUCAAAGGAGCUCCACUAUACGGCUACUACGAGAUGUGGUAAGAAUCCCAGAAGAUGCUAGUGCGCUGGCACCGAUAUUUAAACUUAUCGAGUGCAAAAACGCAGGUACCACCACUUUGUUGAACAGCAUGUACAACGAGCUGCGGAUUGAUUUGCACUGUAAUGAGUUUGCUUGGAAGAUGCAGUUCGAGCCAGAGGGGGAUCUGUGUAAAUUAUGUGGAGGGAAGUUGUCCGAGAAAAGACAGGUUCAAGGCUCCAAUGGCGAGGGUUGGCUUGUGACGAUGGCACACGUGCUACCUAUUACCUGCUUGAUAAAGAAGUGUAUGAACCCAGAGUGUAUGGCGAUCCAUGGCUUCCAUGAUGUCCGCUCAGGACUCUUCAAUGUCUCUAACAAGGUUAUGGUGAGCUUGGAUAUCUUGUUUUUGAUUCGGGAGCACGUCAAGCAAGGAGUGGCACCCCUCCAAGCUGCCGAGGCAAUCAUGAGCAUGACUCUGGUCAAGAACCCCACUGCGUCUGCCAAGAUGACGAUUGAGAAAAGGCGGUACAUUGAACAGCACUUAUAUCGUGGCUACUGGGCGUAUGAGUGUCUCACAGUGAGGAACGCGGAUGACGCCAUCUGCGGCCUGUGUGGAGUAGCUCCUAAAGUAGAGUUUGCCGAAUCGUGCCCAAAGGACUGUAUAUCUCUUUCGGGAAUCAAGAUCAAGUGGCCCGAGAGCCCACCAUUGUCUGAGGAUCCCGUAGACGUAGAUGGCUUUUGGGCUGAGAUGGAGAACAAGACACUGGAACAGGUGGCAUUCGCUACGGUAGACAUGAUCACAUCUUUUGACGGAGCCCGGGUCGCUCCGUACAUCCCACCCUCUCAGCGCGCAGAUAAAGUCAUCAACACAGAGAGCUUAAAGGCUACCAGCCGUUCAUCUUUGCAAGCGACGGUUCAGUCAUUCCAAGGCAGCUCAGCCAAACUUGCAGCUCUGAUCCAGCAAGGUUCCCUUGUUCCAGGCCAGCUUGCACAGUACACACACUCACAGCUUUUCACCCUGUGUCAGAGAUGCGAGAUUCCUGUCAACACGACAGACAACAAGGCAUUGUUGCAGAGUUAUCUCGAAGUCGGUUGCCAGUUCCUAUCCGCUGGUAAAAGCUCAUGUCACACAUUCACUGGGGGGGCUUCAUCAAGUGGAGGACGCCUUACAAAGACCUGUCCACACCAGGUAGUGACUGGGUCCAAGUUCCUCUUACGUCAGGAGAGUGCACGUGAUCAUGUGGACUUGCUGCAGGCGUGUCGUUAUUGGCCGCCUGUCUACAUCGCCGACGCCGCCUGCAGCGUGACCCAGCACGUCAGCUUCCGGUACCCCUCACUAGCCAAUCAGCUGUGGGGAGACAGUCUCGGGUGCUUUCAAGUCCCAGACCACUACCGUGAACCACAGGAAGUAUCCUGCCCUGAGCUACAAAUGACAGAGCUCCAAACUACCCCCACCCCGCUAGUAGAUCCAAAAGACCCCCUAACCCACCCGGCCACGGGGAUGAAACAGCGACGAGUCCUUACUCCACGGAUCGGCGACAAGGGAGGGUCCCACCAUCUCAAAUCCUGCCAAUACCACAACAUGGACCUCUGCCCCGAACUUGCCGCCUACAAGGCAAGUCCGCUUUCGGGUAGCGGGUCUUCCCGCAGACACGGAACCAACCCGCGGGAUUCAAGGCGCAAGGGCGGAAAUAACUUGACCUUUCAUCAGUACUUCCUGUAUGGGAGGCUUAUGGAUUAUUUUACGAGUCUGGAGAUCGUCAGGGAGCAGCUUGAGCUCGUCUCCAAGCAGUGCGGAGCGGGCGAGACGAUCGUGCGAGACAAGUUUCAGCGCUUUGUCAUCGUCUGCGCCAAGUGCUUCUAUGGGGGUCACGUGGCCAAAGACUGUCCUUAUAACAACGCACGAUGACCUCAUUACCUUUGUUUGAGUCUCGAAAGACGUUUUAUCAUAAUCAUCUCAAGUCUCGAAGUAUUUGUCUAGCUUUAAAGAAUUGCGUCAAUCUUAAAUCAUCCGUUGUAGCGUAUUUUUUAAUAAAAGACUUUGAAGAUGGA